AUGGACGUCGAAACAAACACAACCCUCAAACGCCCUCCUACCUCGCAAGAAAUCCGCGAUGCAGAAGAUCUCGCAAAUUUCGGCCAUGACCAAUCCCUCACCCGCAAAUUCUCCAUGUGGAGUAUGCUCGCUCUGGCAUUCUCUGUCCUAGGAACAUGGAGCACUUUCGCACAAGGCAUCGACAGCGGUCUUUCAGCAGGCGGCCCAAUCGCCAUUCUCUGGGGAUUGGUCUUGGUGUUUGUUUGUAACAUCUGCGUUGCUGUGAGUCUGGGAGAAAUGUGUAGUAGCAUGCCUACUGCCCUUGGUCAAGCAUAUUGGAUCUCUAGACUUUGGCCUACACCUGCCGGACGAUUUACGAGUUAUUUAUGCGCGUGGAUCAACAUGACGGGUUGGAUCACUCUCUCAGCAUCUCAAAUCGCUUUUAUGGGCGAGUUCAUGCUCAAGAUGAAAGUCCUGUUCAAACCAGACUGGGCAGGUGCAGACAAAGGCUGGGUUUUAUUCCUCGUCUACCUCGGCGUCACACUUCUGAUGACAGUCUUCAACAUCGUCGCUUGUCGAAAGGACAAGAUUCUACCCUGGUUCAACAACUUUGUCGGAAUUUCUUUUGCGAGUUUGUUCUUUAUUAUCAGUAUCGCGAUGCUGGUUUCUGUCGGUGUCAAGAGCGACUUGGAGUUUCAACCGGCGGAUUUUGUGUUUGGAAGAUGGAUUAACCAGACUGGUUGGCCGGAUGGCGUUACCUGGUUCAUUGGUCUUGUUCAAGCGGCGUACGGACUUACUGCUUUUGAUGCAGCGAUUCAUCUCGUUGAAGAAAUUCCCUCGCCGCGAACAAACAUUCCCAAAGUCAUCUGGCUAUCCGUCACCAUCGGCGCCAUCACUGGUUUCAUCUUCAUGGUGGUCUGCCUAUUCUGCAUGGUCGACUCGAGCAUUUACCUCGAUCCAACCACCGGUCUCGCAUUCAUGGACUUACUCAAACAGACUGUCGGUCUUCAAGGCGGAACUGUUCUCCUGACGCUGUUCAUCGUGAACGGUAUUGGACAGGGUAUUGGUAUCGUCACUACCGCUUCCCGUCUGACUUGGGGUUUUGCGAGAGAUGGUGGAUUGCCUUUCAGCGGAUACUUUGCUCGCGUCGACGAAACCUGGAAAGUUCCCGUUCGCGCGCUCUGGCUUCAAGGUGCUGUAAUGGCGUUAAUCGGCAUCCUCUACACCUUCGCCUCAACAGUCCUGGAAGCCAUUCUGAGUGUCAGCACCAUCGCUCUGACAGUAUCCUACGGCAUGCCCAUCUUGACGCUCCUCCUCGUGGGCCGCGACAAACUGCCACCCGGGGAAUUCUCGCUAGGUCGUCUCGGGCCGGUGAUCAACUGGGUGGGAGUAGUAUACUGCGCGAUAACCACGGUAUUCUUCUUCUUCCCCGGCGCGCCGAACCCCUCCGUGGCGGACAUGAACUACGCUAUUGCCGUUUUCGGAAUUAUGUUGGUUAUCACGCUUGUGUUUUGGGUUGUCAAGGGCCGGAUUACGUAUCUUGAGACGGAGGAGGCGCAGGGGAAUAUCAUUUAUGCGCAGAGGGCUGAGCGGGCGAAUUAUGUUGAUAUUCAUAAGGAUGGUAGUGCGACUCAACGGCAAGGAGGAGAGGCGAGUGGGCAGUGA